AGACCACCGAAUCGUCCGGUCGCAUCGUCGGGUCGCUUGAUCUGCGCACGCACCGCUGCGUGUUUGCAUCCCCAGUGACAUACACACUGCGGAACGGUUGACAUCUCGCCGCUCGGAGAACGAUCCAAGAGCCAGAAAAAAAGAGUCUUCGUCGGGCGUCGUCCAGAGAUCGCGAAAUCUCGGCCAGUAAAAUGGGCCGCGGGGGACCACCCGUGAAGAAGAGACCGUUCUUCCUGAAGAAGAUGCAGGAUGAGGGACGAGACGGAGCGACGCGCCACGAGAUCCGCGAAAGUGUAUUCUCCCGCACCGACAUUGUCUUCUAACGUCGUCUCCGGCUUUUUACGACACAUCGUCACGUGUUGAUCGUGAAUCGAGGGGACUCCGGAAAUCGUCCUUGGGGACGACUCUGCGUGACGCGGGACGUUUCGUCACGUGACGUUGUUAUUGUCUUCGAUGGUGAAGAUUUUGGGACAUUUCUACCUGAUUUAACAGGGAAGGGGCGGACGUUCGCGCGAAGUGCGCCGAAUUUUGUUUGAGGUUAUACGAGCGCUGGACCCGGGCGGGAAGCUGCGCUCGCGGUGCCAUCUUGUUAGCUCAUCUUUCGGGAGAUUUAUCUCGAUUGAUCGGCGCAGUCCUGGAGGCGCAGGGACAAGGUUCGGGCCUGGACGAAAGAUUCGCCGUCACCCUCGUUACGGGCGCCACGUGGUGGAGCCUACCGGGGACUAGAUAAGGCUUCUCGUUGCGCACGUGCUCGCCGUGGGAAGGGCAGCGUGCGCGGUGCAGCUCGGGGAGGACAAGACUUUCUCAGCCGCCCCGUGUUUUCCUCGUAAGCACCACGUGUUAUAAACCUCUACCAGCCGAUCAAGAAUUGUCACCCGACACGUGCGUUUGCGGAAUCGUGGGACGAUUUCGUACAUUUCUUCGGGACUCAAUUUAAUUACGUACAAAGACAGACGUUGCAAGAAGUACAAGUGGUGGAUAGUUUAUAGCAAGUAAGGAAGAAGGACUCAUCUGGACGAUAUCAAUCGCGUGAAUAAUGGACUGAUUUUAUUCCAUUAUCUUGCCAUAACUCGUGCCAAAGACAAAGUACAACGUGUUCAGUAUUAAAUAUUAUUACCCGUAUUUGUAUAAGGUUCUACACGAGUUUUUAUCCCGCCGUUGACGUCCGUCGCGUUUUGCUCGCGAGCCUUUUUCUAAAGUGGUUUUUUCGUACCUCGAGGAAGAAUUCCGAGGAACGAGUCGCCAUGUUUUUCGGAUACGGAUACUCGGGCCACAACCAGACCAGCCCGACGUCACCCACAAGGACCAGCGUUUGGGGCAGCGCUUUCAGUCCCUUUCGAAACACCAACAUGCCGCUGCAAGACAUCACGAUGAGCCAGACUCUGCCAGUAAUGAAAGGUAACCAGGCAAAAUCUCCUGGAAAAUUACCAUCUCCAGGGGGCACAGGGAUGAGUGGGACGGGAGGCAGAACCAUGAAGGAAUACGAAGACCAAUUGGGCACCCUGAAGAAGGAAAAUUUCAAUCUGAAACUGAGGAUUUACUUUCUGGAGGAAAGAAUGGGCAUCACCUCUCCCGAUGAGGAUGCGGUCAAAAAGAACAUCGAGCUUAAGGUGGAAAAUGAGUCGCUUAGAGAAGAAUUGAUAGAAAAGCAGAAACUGCUUAAUCAAGCGGCCAAAGCCUUCGAGCUGAUCGAGGAACAAAAGGAAGCGUCUUCGCGUAACCAAUUGCAGUAUGAACAAUCAUUGGAGAAAGAACGAGAAAGGAUAGCGCAAUUGGAAAAAGAAUUGGAAGAGUAUCGGGAAAAAAUGACGGAAAGUUCAGUGUACUACAAAGAGGCUUUUGGAAUUACUCCAGACAGAGUUCUCGAGCAUGAAGAAAAACUGCAUCAAAUGGAGGAACUCGUCGCUUCUCUUGAAGCUGAGGUACAACAAAGAACUGCCAGUCUGGAGGAGGAGCGCAACUGGGCUCAGGAGUUGGCGAGCGAAAGGGACCAAUUCAAGGAUCGUUUACAAUCGGAAAUCCGAGUACGGGAAACUUUGAUUUCUGAGAGAGAUCGGGACAUUGAGGAGCUGAGGACAAAGGUGCGGGAAUUGGAGGAGCAAGUGUUGAAGAGGGAGAGCAUAGUUCAGCAAUAUAAACACGAUGUGGCUGAGAAAGAUAGAUUAGUAAAAGAGAAGAGUGUCUUGUUGGAAGAGAAGUGUCGCGCCUACGAAGAACUCGGCGUGGUCUCCGAGAAGAGGAAAAAACAGAUCGAUCAGCUGAGAAAUUCUGUAAAGUCGAGGGACGAUGCCCUUACGGACCUUAAUAACAAAAACCGGGCACUUCUGUCACAGUUCGAGAACAGCUAUACGAAACGAUGUUCGCCACCCAGCAGUCCAUCUACCAUGAAUUCCUUUGACGAUACUCGGUCACCGAGGAUGGGGCACAAGUCAAGUUGUAUUCACAGUCCACCGAAGUUAGGAAGUAGUCCUGUAGAUUGGGAACCCAAUAGAGAGAGGUCCCUCAGGGUCAGAUCUCCGAUUCCAUUAAAUGGUGCAGAGUACAACGAUAUUACUGAGCUGUCCAAGCAGGUGGACGAGAAAGAUCGCGAGUUGAAGAGGCAAGAGCAGGAGAAGAAACAGCUCAUGCUGAAGCUCUGCAAUGCACGAAAAGCCAGCGAAACGACGGAACAGAAAUUAAAGGAUGUGGAGAUGAAUUACACGAAUGCCCUUAAGGCCAUUAAGGAGUUAGUAGAGAGACAGAGGGAAUCUAAGGAAAUACACGCCGAGAAAGACAGGAAAAUAUUGGACCUGGAGGCAGAAUUAAGUCAGUUAAGAGGAACCGAACAUUUCAAAGAAGGAAGGGUUGUUCGCAGCUCAUCUGUUAGAAGAAACCUUGCCAGCGAAAUGACAGAUGACCCGGAACGAGAUCACUCCAACCAGCGGCGCUUCGAGGAAAUGGAAACCAAGAUCAACGAUCUGAGAGACCAGAUCGAAACUAUUCGAGCCGAAAAGAUCAAACUGGAGAUGCAGAUUCAGGUCGAGUCAGAGGAACUGCAACAGCAACUGCAGGACGAGGAGCAGAAAGUGAUAAGACUGGAGACCGAGAGAAACGACGCGAAGAAAGAGCUGGAAGAGAAAAUAGCUGAACUGGAUAAAUUGAGGGAAGCCUACGACCGCGAAUCGGCGGAAGUGAAGGAUACGAUUUCCCGGGUGCUGGAGGAAAGGGAGAAACUGCACUGCGAGAUGUGCCAGAAAAAUGCCGAAUUGGAGAGGAAGAACCAACGAAUUGUGGAACUGAAUCGAGACUUGCAGAAGCUCGUCAACACGGAGCUCUGGAACAAGAACAAGGAGAUCGCUAAGUUCCAAGAUCAUCUCACAGCAUCCAACAAUCACGAGAGAAGUCGCAACAGAUCCGACAGUUUGCAAGAAUCUGCAGCCUCCCAACUUGCAAGUUUGAUCCAAGAACUGAACUCAAUUGGUGUAACCGUAAAAUUCACAGAUGACGUCGUCCAGCUGAAUCAUAUCGGAGGUAAAGAGCCCGUGGAUGUAAAAACGAUGACGACUUACAUACAGAAACUGGUAGUUCAGAAAAACGAAUUGGAGAACGAGGUCGAUUACCUCAAAUGGCUGAAAGUCAUCACGAAGCCUGACAUUUCCGGGGACAUUGGAGGUUUCGAAAACGAGACCGAAAGGGCGAAAAAGUGCUGCGAAGUCUUAAGGACUCAUCUGAAGGACUUAAUGAACUUUAUGAAGGACAUGCUGAAGGGAGCUGAGUAUUCUGACGGUAUUAGCAAUGAACAUAGAAGGAUAGUCCUUGAUGUCCUGGUCAGUUCGAAAUUGGUUACUGAUGAUUUCGUACAUGCCCUGGAAGGGAAAAUGGGAAAAAUGGCCUGUGGGGAUAACAACGGAUGCGUCGAGGAUAACGUGGAAGACUUAGCGAAAAAGUGUUACUCCGAAAAUGUCCUGGAUGGGAAGGUUCCUAUUUCUGCGCAGUCUGAUUCCGAGGCUUUUUCAGAACCAGAUAGGACCGUUUCUUUGGCUCGCAUUGGUCUGCAAGAGACACAGAAUAAGUCCAUCGGAAAGUCUAGACAUUCUAAGUACACGAAGACUUUCAGCGAUUCCGAAGACUCUGUAGAAUUCGUCCCUUGUCAUAAGACCUAUCAAAGCGAUCUUAAUGAUGGAGAUAUCGGUCAUCUGAUUCAGGAUUUGAUGGAAACUAAUGAGCUCCUCUGUAAGAAGUUGGAUGCUCUACGAAGCGAAUUCCUCACCAGAAGUACAUUUGAUGACGCAUUUGAGGGGAAAUUUAAGUCAUUCAUUGCAAGCCUGGAAAAGUCACAGAGAUCUUACGAAAAAGUGCAGUCAUCAAUAGAGAAGAAGCUGCACGAGUGUCACACCUUAAAGAGAGAAGGUAGACAGAACAGCAUAAGGCGAGCACAACUCGAAAAGAAACUGGCCGACGUGGAAGUAGUCGCUGCGGAAAUGACCAAACAAAAGGCUGAACUUCAUCAGUACAAAGAAAACGCAGAAAGAAAAGCCGCCGAGAUGUUGAUGGCUCUGAAUAAAGAAAACGAGAUGUUGCGAGCAAAAAUCAGAAAAUUGGAGGAGGAGCAGGAGCAAGCCAAGGCAACUUUAUCUGCGCUAACAAAAGAGCUGGACCGCCUCACCUUAUCUCACAGUCAGGUCCUCGUGGAGAACACUAAAUUGACUAACGAUAAAUUGCGACUGGAGCAAGAAAUGAGGAAAAUCGGGAGCAGAUGCGACAUGUUGUCCGUGUGUUCUCAUAACGAUAAACUGAAGAAGGAAGUAUUAGAGCUGAAUCUAAUGAACGACUCGCAUCGGGCGAGAAUACAAGAACUCGAGAUGAUUAACAAAGAACUUCAAAGGCAGGUCGUGGUUUGUGAAACGAGCGAUUCUGCACCGAGCUCGAGUGGAAUAUCGUCGAUACCUAUCGAUGGUACCCUCAAGCAAAACUGCGACGAUAUACAGGAUUAUCACAAUUACAACGGCUUCAAUUACUGGCAGUUGAUGAACUACCCUACCUCGACUGGUCGGAGUAAAUCAAACUGUUCUCCUGAUCUGGGCAUCGAGAGCGAUGCAGCAGUGACGACGACGAGGCCUUUGAAGGACACUUUGAAAAUCACCCAGUCGAUUACGAAUCUGUUAAGCGACGAGGAAAAUUGCAACGGCAAACGAGAAUUACGAGAUUUGGAUAGCGAGAGCCCGCUGCCUAUAGAAGGUGGGCAUUACUAUAGUAUGGACGAGGUGAAAAUGCUGAAACAGGAAAACAAGGCAUUGAAGAGGAAAGUGCAAAAAACCCGCAAAGCUCUGAAGAAUACAUUUCAGCAGCUGUCCGAGUCUAACAAGAACAAGAAGGACGUGGAGAAGGCUAUUACGAAACAGCUGACAAUCACGAAGAACAUCCUGAUGAAAACGCGAACUUACGAGAACGCCUUCGACAACUGAUCCAAGGAGCGCGUUAGAAAAUUGGUGCAUCCUUAUCGAGACCUUAGCAUUGAAAAAAAUCGCAAAACUACGCGUCGUUGUUAUCGCUCAGCACGUCCCGACGUUGCGGCCGUUGUUUCCCGUAGUUAUCUGGCGUUAACGUCUGUGCUCUUUGUUUUCGCUACGGCGAUUCUUAACUUUGUGUACCCGUUUAUCGUUGUCGAUUCCUCGCUACGCGACUGACGCGCUAAACUGCGCGAAAAUACGCCGAAACGCGCUUUAAACGAACUAAUAGAGCUAAAACGCGCUUUACUCGCGCUGUCUGGCAUGCACACAUGUACUGCGCACCGUAUUAACAACUUUUAAACAGAACGUUGUUACAACUUAAAACUAAACGUAACAAGGAAAAGAUAUUUUCUUAAACCUGUACCGAGUAUUUUUAUAAAGCGCGGCAGAAGUCCGAAGGGGGAGAGGAGAAAAUUAUUGAAACAAAAGGAGCUCCGCGUUGCUUCACGAAGGUAGAUAAGAAAAAGCGGGUGUAACAUUGUAGGAGUUUGUAAAUAUUUACGUAGCGAGUGCCAGAACGCUUGUCGGAAUGAAAGUAGACGAAUGAAAGGUGGGGAGGGAAGAAUGUGAAAGGAGGGGAAGGUUUUUGUAAUUUUCUUCCGUUUACUUAUUCUACCCAGAGCGGAAGGGCGAACAUUCGUGGAGGGACGCGGAGAACGAGUUAGAUGGGAAAUCGAGGCUCGUUUUGAAUGUAUUCCCAUACGAGUCAAGUAUUUUAGCAUAAAAAAAGCAACGAAGAAAUUGCACGUGUGUAUAUAAACGUUAUAUACCCUCAUACAUACAUACUCCAUUUGUAUAUAGACUCAUGAAAUAAAGUGCCAUUGAUACAGA